UCUGGAGCCAAACAAAACAACAACAACAACGGCCGGCAUGUGUGCAAAAAUGUCAAAGCGAAGCGCAUUGCCCAAAAACUAAAAUCUAGCUAGCUAGAAAAACAAAAUCAAUUCAGAGUCUUAUCUUAAAUCGAGUGCACAGAAAUUACACGAAACUUAGCUGCCAAGUGAAUUACGCCCAUUAAACAACCAUCAAUUUUCAUUAAUAUUCGAUGCAAAUAUCACAUUAAUUAGCAAUGGAGUGGCAUGAAAUUGGCUUGAUUGAUAACCGAGCAUCCAAAUUUCCGGAGCGCUCCAUACCUGGAUAUGAGGAGGUGUUUGGCAAGCAGAUCGAAGAGCGCAGCAUCGCAGCCGAUUAUAUAGGCGGCAUCAUAAAUGACGGCAGCUGGGGCUGGCUGACACGCCAGAAUGCGGAUGCGGCCACUUUGCUGAUAUGCCAGCUGAGCAAUGGCUACCGCGUGGCGAGCUACACAUUUCUGCGGGAGAAUGAGCGCAAGAUAAAGCAGCGCAGCAGCAUAUGCUGCGUGCAGGAGCUGUUCCCGACUGGCAUUGGCCGCCGCAUACUGUUGGCCGUCUGCAUUGAGAUGGUGUCGGGCAGGACACAGCUGGCCAUCUAUACGCCCACAAAUAGUCAGGUGCUGCGCUAUAUUGACCUCAAUGCGGCGGGCAUUAGUGUCCGAUCGAUGACCUUCCUGAACGAUCGCCUGUGCGCGGGCACAAUUUUGCGACAAUUCGAUGGUUGCCUGGCACUGGGCACAGAUGCCGGCACCGUGCUGCUGAUGGAUGUCAACGCCAGCCAAACGAUUGCCAAUCGCUCCACAAACGUUGUGCUCCCGGAUAGCGAGGUUCAGCGCAGCGAUCUCAUGUGCCUGUCUGUGCGCGAUGCGGCUGUACUGGAACGGCUGGAUGGGAAGCUGCGACGUUGUCGCCAACAGGAUGUCCAUGUGGCGCUCGAGUUUGAUAUGCCCGUUGCGGCACGGAAUGCCAUUACCAGCCUGAUACCGUUGCCAUUGAUAUCAGGCUUUGCUGCCGGCCUGCAGGAUGGACGCAUCUGUGCCUAUGAUCUGAGACGCUUGCAGCUCGUGGCACAGUUGCGCAUGCCAGCCGAUCAGCAGCCGGCGCCGGUUGUUGGUCUCUGCUGCAUUGAGCCGCCGGAUGAUCCGCAGCCGUGCUUUUACAUAUGCUCCGUUUACAAUUCGGGCGAUCAUCUGAUGGCCUCGCUGCACUCGUUCAACUACAGACGCUCCGCACUGUCCGUUGAGAAUUGUGAUUUUGAUUUGCGCGACUUUCAGAGCGCCACCACGCGCAUUCGCCUUGCGCUGGACAAUGGCAGCUGUUCGCUGAUGAGCUGCGGCACAGCGUCAACAUUUGCACUAUCCGGCGACUAUGGCACCAUUUUGACCGCCAUCAGCUGGCACUCGCACACGGAUAACAGAAACAAGCUCAUAUUGUUCGACAUUAAUCAAUGGUACAAGGACGAAAUGCCCAGCUCGCCGCGACCGGACGAGAAACUCGACUAUCUAUGCGGCUUCGUCUUCAGCGGCCAGUAUGCUGCACUCAGCAUGCAGCUGGACUCGCGCUCCAUUAUUCCCUUCAUAUCCAUGCAGCGUCACGAUGACUAUUACUAUCCCAAGGCACUGUCGUUUGAUUGCUUCCUGAUGACAAUUACGGGCUGUCGCCACUUUGAGUACAUGGGUGUCCAGCGUCGAUUCUUGAACUCGCUGUACUACAACAAGGGUAAUGUCUUCCUCAAUCCGGAGUACUAUCUGGAGGAGAUCAUAGAAUUGCGCUUGUUGCCGCAAUUCCACGAAUACGAUCCGAAUGUUUCGCUCUCCAGGCGCGAAAUGUACGAGAUGCUGCUGUCGAUGGGACUGGAACAUGAUCGUCUCUGGCUGCUGAACAGCUGCGCCAGGAACUGCAUGGACGGCAGCUAUCUGUGCAACAUGAUGAGUCCGACCAAGCUAACGCUGUCCAUACUGACUAACUGGAUCGUGAAGCGUGCGGGCCAGAUCAAGACGCGUUGCUCGGAGCUCUGUCAGGGCAUCUUUGACUAUGGCGGCUAUGCGCUGGACGAGCGCGAGCGCAAAGAGUACCAGGAGCUAAACGGCCAGCUCUACAAGCUGCAGAAUCUGCAAGCGUUCCUAGUCCGGCUGGGCAAGGCACGCCUCGGCCACGAGCUGGUCGAGGAUCUGAGCGCCACAGAGCGCGCGGUAACCGUUCUAUAUGAAUACCAGCGCAUACUCUACUGGCUGAUCGAUCGGGCCAUUUUGCCGGAGAGCAGCGAACAGCAGCAGCAGCCCCUGCAGCUCAUACGGCGCGAGUAUGCCGAUCGUCGUGCCCGUCAGAAUCAACACAUCAGGCUCUACAUUGAUGAGCAGCUGCAGCAUUCCGGAUUUAAGGUGGGACUGCAGCGCCAAAGCGAACAGGAUGGCCUCUAUCCACCGCGCACUCUGCAAUCGUUGAUGCGCCUCAUGCUGCUGCCCGAUGCCAAGCUGGAUCACAAGCACGAGCUAAUGCUGUAUGUGUUGCACGACGUGGACCAGCUGCUCGUGCCAAAGCGCAAAAGGCCACUCUAUCAGGAUUUUGCCAUGGCCUUCGGCAUAGCCGAGCCGCUGCUGAAGUGUGCGCGUUCCUUCUGGUUUCUGGACAAGGGUGACUAUGAGCAAACGAUCGAUGUGUUGUAUAGAGGACGCCUUGGUCACAGCAGCUACACGGAAUGGCAGACCAAGCAUCUGAUUGAGACACUGCUCGCCCAUAGAGCCAAUCAGGAGGCAAUGCAGGUGGUGCACAUGCCACCGGGCUUUAUAUCGUCGGAGCUAAAGCUGCAGGUGCUGCUUGCCAACAAUAAUAUACCGGAGGCAUUUCAUCAUGCACGCAUCUAUAUGGACGACGAUGGUCGACCGCUGCUGGAGCGUUUCUUCCGGCAUUGCAUACUGAAUGGCAAGUUUACGGUGCUGGCGACCUUGUGCCUGCGGGAACACGAGGAGCAGCUCGUCUAUCGCCAGCUGCGCCAGUGCAAGACCCGGGCCACGGACUGUGUGCAGUUGAUUCUGUUGCUCAAGCGCUGCAAGUACAUUGAGGCCGUGUCCUUUAUGGAUGAGGUGGCCGCCGAGCGUGAGCAGGGACCCAAUGAUGAGACGAGCGGCAUAUUGUCCGCCUAUCGCACCACCAUGGCGCCCGUUACCCAAUCCAUAGCUGGCACAUAUUUUCGCAUACGCGACAAACUGAAUGGGGAUCAGCUGAGGAAUCCAUCGCCGGAGCCGUUUAGCUGCCAGCUGGCCAAGCAGAACGCCAACGGCCAGCUGGGCAACAUCUUUCAGAGCUCCGCCCUGAGCGCCCAUUGGGCCACACGCUAUGCCAACGGGAAGCAGGCGCAGACGCUGAACAGCCGGAAUAUGCCGUUCCUUCGUAAUGCCGCCCAAUCGGUCAAGGAUGUGCCACAGCUGCGUCGUCAUGUGCGUCCUACACAAUUCCAGUAUGUGGAGAAGCGUAUGCUCAAUCCGAAUCUGGCCGCCUGUAGCCGGGAUAUUGUGCAGCAGCCCUCGAAGCGACCGCGCCUCGAAUUCGGCAAUGCGUUGGAAACCUUUGUCCAACGUUCGCUAGAGCUGGCCGAACAGGAGCUGGAGCCGGAGCAGGAGCAGCAGCCGCCAAUGCUGCAUGAUGAACGCGAGCUGGCCGCGCUCUUGGAGCCGCCCGUCUAUUUGAUGCCCAAGUCGGUGCAAGAGCAGCCCGCAGCAGUCACUAACCAGGAGCAGCUGCGUCCCACAAUACUGAAGCGGCGUCGUUCCAGGUGCCAGUCAGCGCAGCCCCUGGUGGCCGAGCGGCAGAGCUUCAGCUUUAUGCCGCCAAUUCCGUUGGAUGACUUUGCGCGGACGGCCAGUGAUCAGGAUGUCGAGAUGAUGGUGAUGGAGGAAGCUGAAGAGAUGGAAGAGGAGGAGGAGGGCACCGAUGAAAUAUUUGUGGAAAUUGAGCAACAGCCGGUCAGUCCCAGUCCCAGUCCCGAGGAGGAGGAGGAGCAGGAGCACGAGCACGAGCAGGAUCAGCAGCAGCAGCAGCCCAACGAAUCCGGCUCCAAUUCGGACACGGACUCCGAGUACUUGUCGCCGUUGGCCUCGGCCAAUGUUUCCUUUGUUGAUUCCAGCCAGGAGCAACGUGCAGCAAUGGCGCCACCAACUGGUCCACAACCACGCGGCUCCUUGUUGCUGGCGCGCAGCAGCCAGCAGGAGAGCAGCGGCUUCGGCAGCUUUGCCACAAUCCAUAUGGGCAGUACGACGGGUUCGUUGCAGUUAAAUGAAUUUGUGCCGCCUGUCUGCUCCUCGAAGAUGUGCGAGGUGGCCAGCACGAGCAGCACAGUGAAGAUCUCGGAGCGCACGACCAUUUGCGGCGACAUGGAUGAGCCGAGUGUAGGCACAUCGCCGCAGGCAUGGUCGAUGCCGUCCUCAUUGCUGCAGCCACCGACGCAGCCACAAAUGUUGCGCAUGCUGGAUACCACGCUGGGCAUGUCCAGCUAUGAUAUGACGCUGGCGCUGGAGCAAGCGGCCGAACAGGAGUCACAGCCGGCGGAGCAAACGAAAAUAACAGCUACUACGGCCUACAUAGACCUGGAUGAAGAUGAGGAGGAGGAGGAGGAAGAGGAGCAACAGCAGCAGCAGCAGCAAGAGGAGGAGGAGGAAGAGGAGCAGCAGCAGCCAGUGCAACAACAACAACAACAACAACAGCGAGAAGAAGAAGAGGAAGUAGAGGAAGAUGAGGAGGAGGAGGAGCAAAGCUCGCAUUCCAGCAACGAGGAGCCCGCCACCCUCAACUACAAUCGCGACUCGCCCAGCUACAGCGUCAGCAGCGAACUAUCGGACAUGUCUUCGGGUGUGGUCGGCACACGACAAGCACGUCAGGAUGCGCCGGUUUAUUCCAUUGUUGUGGAGUCGACCAAUUCGAUCAGCAACUCCCGCUCGCCCACCUCGCAUACGCCCACCUCGUUUCUGCCCAGCGAUACGAACGUCUCGCAGACAUCGAGUCCGCCGCGUGCGGCUCAUGGCGGCGCCGCUGGUGGCUCCAAUCGUUCGCUGUAUCGUGCCAACAGUCUGGAGACGGUGGAUGAUCUGGACACCACAAAGGGCUCCUUGGAGGAGGACGACGAUUUGGACGAGGAGGACGAGUGUGUCAUUGCGCUCGAUGGCACCGAGGUGCGCGGCUAUGUGGCGCGUCCGGAGCCGCUGGCUGCCUGCAGCAGCGCCGAGCUGUUCGCGUUCAAGCAACAGGACGAAUCCGUGCCGCCUGCUACCCAAGUGCCAUGCCCCUCGUUGGGCGCAACGGCCAACAGCGAUUCGUACACCAUCAACUUGGACAGCUUGGAUAGCGCCGAGCUGCAACAGUCGAUAGCACCAUCUAGACCAGCUGCACCAACUGCUAUUGUGUUGAUUACUCCAUCGGAUGCCGGUUCCAGCAACCAGUCGGUGGCCACGGUUGCCUUUAGCGAGCACAAGGAUCAACUGCACAUGGAGAGGGAGAUGGCAGUGCCCGCUGCUAAGGCGACAGAUCAUGGCGCCGAACUGGUUAUGGAUGUGGAGAUGACAGAGGCAGCUCCACGCGCACUUGAGCAGCCCAUUAGUCUAGAUUCCGAUGUGGAGUUUGAUCCCUGCCUGACUCUAUCCGAUACUGAGCAGGCGCCGGAGGGGGAGGAGCAGGUGGAUGAGGUGGAGAUGCCGGUGCGCGUCUCUGUGGCCACAUCCCUGCCCACAAUUGAUGAGGCUUCCAGGCAGCCGUUGGUGCGCAUUAAACGCGCCCGCCAAAGCUUAACCGGAACACCGCCGGUGCCGGAGCGCAGCAUACGGCUGCGAAGCGAUGAUCAGCGUCGCAGUGAAUCCUCCAAUCGUAGCACACCGUCACCAGUAACCGGACGCCAGCUGCGUUCGCGCCGUCGCCGCAGCAACAGCGCGCUCAGCGAGGAGCAGCUGACCCCCGACGCGUCCACGGCUGCAUCCGCAACGCCGCCGGUGGCACUGCCAGCGCAAAGGCAAAGGCGUUUGCGUAGCGACGAUUCUGUGGCCAGCACGCGUCGCGUUUUGCGCGGCAGCUCCUUGCCGCCCAUCUCAACGGUGCCGGUGUCCACGCCCAAGCGGCGGCGAAAGCUGUUGGCCCGACCAUUGGAGGCCAUUGAGGAGGCUGGCGAAUCGCCAGCGUUGCCGCGUACACGUUCGCGCACACAUCUCAGUCAGCUGGCCAGCAGUCCGGCCGUGGGCAGCUGGGGUUCAGUAGCCGGCGUCGCUGGACAGGAAUCAGACAGCGGCACACCCACACGUAAACAUCGCAGCUGCAGUGAGCCGCCGGCUUUAUUGCUCGCCAGGAGCAGACGUGCACGCAAGCCCAGCGGCAGUGAGGAGCAGAAACAGGAGGCGCCGCCAGUCGAACCCAGGAAUCUGCGCAGUCGACGCAGCACCUUGGAGGUGCCGCCAGCUGAGCAGCCGCCUGCACCGGCAGCAGACGUGCCCGACGUAAGUGAAGCAUCUGUGCCGCCCAAGAAACGGGGCCGAUCCAAGAAGUAGAGCUCACACGCACACAAACUUACUUAUUUGGCAGAAGUUGUUGCAAAAUUAACAUUCGCUUGGAAUUUUUAUUUUA